UCCAGGCACUUUUACUUUCAUUUGCAAGAAACUAGGUGUUGCUCUUCUAGCCCAGUUUAGUAGGCAGUGAUCAGCAGCCAGUGUGUUGGAAGGUACCAGAUCAAGGAGAAACUGGGGUAGACUAGAAGUUGGCUCUUUUCCUGCGUUUCUUUCUCUUUUGAUAUUUAUAAAGCCCUGCAGAAGGCCGUCCUUGGUGUGGCGUCUCUCCCUAAAUGCCAGGAAUGAUUCUCCGGGCUCUGAAACGUGCUGAAAAAAGGAAGCCUUCCCCAAGCGUGGCUCAGGCAGCACCGGUGUAACCCAGCAGGACCGCAGCAUGAUGAUUCCAUUUCAGAUGUGUGAUGAAAACCGCCAGAGAGACAUCAGAAAUGCGUGGCCGCAGCUGGUGGACUUCCUCAGUCACCAUCCCGAAUGGGUGCGCAGGAAAGCUGAGCAGCUCCUUCCAGAGGCAGACGUGGACUGGGAUUCAGAUGUGGCAGACCACAAGGAGAAGGUCUCGCGGGUCCUGGACCUGUUCCUGAGGGCAGCGGAUGCUGACGGCCCCCUCUUCAAAGUGUUCAUCGAAAGUGUCUGCAUGGAGUGCAACCUGCCCCUGGAGCUGGAAAUAGUGUUCAUGAGUGUGUCAGGAGACGGGCAAGAAGAUUUUGGAGAAGCUGCAACUCAGCUCCGGACUCCCUCUGCAAGGCUCGAAAGACGCCGUCCAUGGAGCAACUCUUCCACGAACAUCAACUGCAAGCAAUCAAAACAGCAGCGAUUUGAUUCGGCUGAAAGGUACCGGCAACUUGUCAUCGCCUCCGUGCGUCAGAGAUUUGGAGUGGACAGGCUUGUAGAUGCAGCGGAAGUUAGAGGCGGACCAUCAGCUUUCAGCCAAGCCUUUGUCAACCUUGUGAUCUAUCAGAGCAAAGCUUUCAAGAUAAAGGGAAAGAUGGACAAAGCCAAGGAGGACCCAAGGGCUCUUCACGAUCCAGAGGAGCAUGGCAGCACGACCAUGAGAUCGUCCGAUCUCUUUGAAAGCGUCCACACGGGUACCACCAGGCUUAUUUUCUUGCUGGGAAAACCUGGAAUGGGGAAAACUAGACUCGUGCACAAAAUUUGCCAAGAGUGGGCUGAAGGGGUUCUGCCCCAGUUCCAGUUCGUAUUCUUCUUUGAGUUCAGACAGCUCAACCUGAUCAAGAGGAAGCUUACGCUCUGCGAACUCUUGUUCGACUUCUUCCUCCAGCCAGAUAAUCACCCAGAUGCAGUAUUUGAGCACCUUCUAGAGAAUGCCCAGAACAUGCUGCUAAUAUUUGAUGGGCUGGAUGAGUUCGUAGAAAACAUUCAGCACCCAACUUUGGGUCGAGCACCAAUCCCCGAUCUUCCUGAACCUGCCUCCAUUUCUGAACUUUUUGCCGGACUUUGCCAAGGAAAAGUCUUGCCUGGCUGUACUGUGUUGGUCACAACUCGGCCAAAGAUACUCCCUGAAGCUUUCUUCAAACCUGACACCCUUCAAGCGGAAAUCUGGGGGUUUGACCGUGAGAAGGUCAAGGAAUACGCUAGCAACUUUUUCCACCAGCAUUCACAGAAAGAGCAGGCCCUCGCGUGCCUGACAAGCAAUGCCAGACUCCUGAGCAUGUGCCACGUCCCUGCCUUGUGCAACAUCAUCUGCAUUUGCCUGGAAUAUCUGCUUCUCCAAAAUGCAGGAAGUGUCCAGCUCCCUCAAACGGUUACUCAGUUUUACCUCAAAAUGCUUCACACCUUCCUAUGCAAACAUCAGGGCUUGGGUGCUUCUGGAGAGGUGGAUGUGAGCCAGCACCACGCGACGCUUGCUGGCCUCUGCGAGCUGGGCUUCAAAGGCCUGGAGGAGAAAAAGAUGCUGUUUUAUGCUGCUGAGGUCCCAGGGCACGUGAAGGACUUUGCUUGCCGGAACGGGCUCUUGCUGGCCUUCGAGGUAAAAACAAGCAACGGCCAGGCCCGAACUGGUUAUACCUUCGCCCACUUCAGUCUGCAGGAGUUUUUCGCAGCGCUUUUCCUGUUGACAAGCCCGACAGUCGACAACCGCUCCCUGAAGCAGAGGUUCUUCCUGAGGUCCAAGUGGACUUUAAAGAAGGGAGCCAAGACGCCGUUCACAGAGAACUGCCACAUCUUCCUGUCCGGCCUCGCAUCCCAGGGCUGCCUGCGGUUCCUCAGCGCCCUAGCCCGACAGGGCGAGGCCUGGAUACAGGCACGGCAAGCGCUGUUUGUGCAGAUGCUGAAGAGGCUGGCAAGGGCACAGUUAACAGGGCCGAAAAUUGCUGAGCUCUGCCAUUGUGUGUACGAGACGCAAAGCCUUGACGUAGCCCAGCAUGUUGCGAAGCAGUUAAAUUUCAAGUAUCACUUUAGAAACUUCCGGCUGAUGCCGCUGGACAUGAUGACCUUGGCUUUCGUCAUCAACAGCAACCCAGAUUUGGUGUCCUUGCAUUUUGCCGGAUGCCCCAUGGAGCUUGACUAUUUGGAAGUCCUGGGCAGCUGCGAAAAUAUCAAGAGCUUAAGCUUUAGGAGCAGAAAGUAUGGAAAUGAGUUUGUUGCAGCCCUUUCUCCAAGCUUACCAAAGAUCAAGUCCCUGGCAACAUUUCACUUAGUGGGUGGAAACAUCUCAGUUCUGGGGCUCGAAGAGCUGGUCCGAGCUCUCCCAAGCUGCCAUCAGCUGGAAGACAUCAGCUUGCAGGACAAUAAACUGAAGGAGCAAGAAAUGAUCAAGAUUACUGAAAUAUUUUCCACUGUAAAAAAGCUAAAGAAAAUAGAUUUGAGCUACAAUGAGAUUUCCCCGCGGGUCAUCCUUGCUUUCACCAGAGCGGCUGCCGUUUGUCCAGAUGUCACUAAGCUUCAUAUAAGGAGGAACACGUUAACCGUCUAUUUCACCAGUCGCUCCGAAAAAGAUCCAAGGUUAGAAGAUGUGGGGAGUAAAGAAGAGGAAUUUGUUCCCAGUGCCAGAACUUUAGUAUUACGAUUGCAGGACUGCAGAUUAGACUUCCAACAGACAGAGAAGAUGGCUGAUAUUCUCCUGAGAAGUCCCCACUUUUCCGAAAUCGAUUUGUCAGAUAACCGCAUUGGUGAUGAAGGAUGCAAGGAACUAAUGAAGAUGGUCCCCCAAAUGCGCAUUUCUGGGCCUUUGAUUUUGAACAACAACCAGCUGUCCGUGGAGAGCAUCUUCUGUUUCCUGGAUUCAAUGCGCACUUGCCCCAGUAUAGCGAAGCUUGAAGCCAGUGUUCAUCAUCAAACUGCAACCUUGACGCUUGUUGGCGGGGAUGUCUUCGAUGCUCCUCAUCCCAGGAGGGACUCUGCUCGUGAGGAUCACUUGAAGAGAGACAGAAACCAAGUGGCGGCCGCUUCAAGGACAAUAUGCCUUGCAGAUAAUCAUUUUCAUGGUGAGCUUCUGAAGAGCUUGUGCUUUGCCCUGAGAGGCUGCGGUGGAAUAACUGAGUUGGACUUGUCAAAUAAUAAUCUGAGUGAUGUGGAGGCUUUGAUGGUGGCAGGACUCCUCCCCUUUCUUGGAGAGUUGCGAUCUCUGACGCUAGAUGGAAACCGCAUCACCUUGGACGGUGUCCUUGCCCUGGUGCAGUUCUUCUUUGCCUUGGAGCACGCAGAAUCCGUGCAAUUCAGUUUGGGAGGAGCCCAGAAAGUUCACAUAACCUUUGGGGAAAGAAUCCGAUACGGCCUCGCCGCCGAGCUUCAAGGGGAGGUGCCGAGUCAGGCUCUCUGUGGCCGCCGCUUCUGCCUUAGAGAUUGCCUGGUGAGUCCGGAGGCUGCGAGUCGUCUCUUUGGGAUGCUGACCAGAUAUCCUGGCCUGGCAGAGAUCAGCUUGUCUGGGAACUCACUGAAUGACCAAGCUGUGGCGCAUCUGAUGAACUCCCUGCCCUCCCUCCAGAGCCUGAAGAGCCUUUGCAUCAGUGAGAAUAAAUUUUCACCGGGCAGCAUUUGCUUGCUGGCCAACUCACUCAACCUGUGCAAGAGAAUCUGUGAAGUAGAAGUCAGAUCCAGUGAAAAUGCUGUUUUGCAUUUUGUGGAAAAUCAAGGGAGCCAAGCAAGAUACUGCAGGCUAAUAGAUUGUGGCAUUGGGCAGGAUGCCAUUCAAGAUCUCUGUGCCAUCCUUGAGAAAUGCGAUCGCCUUGCCGAGCUGGACCUCUCGGGGAACCGUCUUGGCAACGAAGGACUCCAGUGCCUCCUAGAACAUUUGCCCCAGUCCCGGGUUUCCUGCCUCCUGAAAAUCAGCCAGAACAGGAUCUCGCAAGAAGGAAUUCUCCAUCUCAUUAAUGCCCUUGCCACGUACAAAAACGUAGCAGAAGUUCUCGUAAGUUUGUCCUCUGAAGAAAUGCUGCUUAAGACAUUAGUGGGAGAAGAUAAACCUCAAAAGACCCUGAGGCUAAAGCACUGCAGCUUCCAACCAGAACACCUGAUGCAGCUCUUCUCUGGGCUGGGGAAAUGCACCACCCUGUACAAUUUCAUGUCAACUAACAAUGCCUUAAUGGUCAACGAUGCAGAAGACUUGUUCAGGACUCUGUGGAAACCAGAGGGCCUGCUAAGAACUGGCAUAGAAGAGCCGUGGGUGAAAGACGAAAGCAUCGUUACUUUUCUGAAGAUGGCUGCUGGAGUCCAGGGAAACAUCACAGCCCUCACGAGAGAUGGUGGUCUGUUCAUGGUGGAACAGGAAUUCCCUGAUUGGGAAGAGAAAAUAGAGUCUGUGGUCAGCAGGUUGCACCAGUGUGAACUGGAAGCCAAAGGAGUCUCCUUCUUGCCAGAACUCAUGGAGAAAUGCUGCCAGCUUUGGGCAUUAAACUGGUCUCAGGUGCAACUCACCGAUGCAGAAGCAGCUCUCACGUUUGACACCCUGUUCCACUUCCCAGCGCUGAAGAGACUCAGGAUCACGUGUUGCAGGAUACCUUCUGCGGGCAUGAAGUGCCUGGCGGCCGCUUUGCAUCACUGUCACGCCAUUGAAGACCUCGACCUGUCCAAAAGCGAACUCAGCGCGGAUGGCGUGGGCCCGCUCCUGACGGCUCUGGAGGGGAAGCAUCACUUGCAGAGCAUGAACCUUAGCUCUCUCAGUCUUGACAAUGCAAAUAUUCUGACGCUGAUUUCAACACUCUCCAUGAUGCCUCUCUUGAGAAGACUGGUUUUGAGCAAUAACCAUCUGGGGAGUGAGGCCUGUUUGCGCCUUGCAGAAGUUUUGAAGAAGGCCAUUCACAUGAAAGAAGUCGAUUUAAGCUUCAACAAGAUUCACAGUGCUGGAAUGAAAGAACUCACGGCAGCGUUUUCAGAAAUGCGGAACGUGACGCACGUUGAUUUAUCUGGGAACAAUCUUGGAGAUGAGACCCUGGGAAAACUGGCUACAAUUCUGCCUUCUUUGCAACGCUUGAAAGUCCUUCGACUGUCUUCCUGUGAGAUUGAUGCCGAAGGGGCAGCUCAUUUGGCCAGGGCUGUUUUCCAGUGUCAGCAAAUAGAGGAACUCAGUUUGUCAGAAAAUUCUGUCGGGGACAAAGGCGUGACUGUGUUUGUAGAGCAGCUGCCGCAGUUCUUGCAGCUCAGGAGAAUUGAGCUCAAGGUCUGUGGGAUCACUGACCGGGCUUCCAAGACUCUCGCCACCUGGCUCAGCCACUGCCCCCUCCUUGAAGAGGUCAUCCUGUCCUGGAACCAGCUCAGUGAUGACAGUGCUUUGGAGUUGGCCAGGCUUCUGCCGCGGUUGCCAAAGCUGAGAAUCCUGGAUCUGGACAGGAACUGCAUCACAGCUCAUGGGGCCGGAGGCCUAGCGAAGGAGCUUGCUAGCUGCCGAGGAAUCCAGUUUAUACGGUUAUGGUGCAACCGAAUCCCUAAAGAUGUUGAGCAGCGACUGGGUGGGCAGGAACCACGGUUGCAUUUCUCAUAAACAAAAGAUGAAGAGGAGCGACAGGAGGGCCACUGGCCACGGAUGCACUGCAAAGCGGCCACGAAACAGAAAACUUGCCAUUUCUGGCUAAAGGCACAGUAAUGGUGUCUUUUAGAAAGGAAGAUGAAGUUUGUUCUUGUGCUCUCCUAGCCCAGAUGGAAAGCAGACGCUGCUUGGGAAACAUCAAAGAGUCACGUGAUAGGAGGCAACAGAACUGUGGCAUCGCUUGUUAAGAAAACUUGAACCUCACACCCAUUUUCCUAACACCCAUGACCACAAAAAAACCUGGUCAUGUCUACUCUGCACUGAAAAUGCCCCGUCCUUUGUGGCAGUAAGUUUUAAAAAAGCAUACCCCAAAAGGCUCAGUCUGGAGGGGGAACACUGUUUUGUGCAAGAUGCUUGAAUGUAUUUAUUUUAUUUAUGGUAUGUGCUGCUUUGGUUGGUUGUGGGGAGACAGAAAUAGCUGUGUGGGCCUGCCCUGGAGCCUCAUGACAAGUGAACAUAUUUAAAUAUUUAAACAAUCCGUUUGCUUUUAAGUUUUCUUCAGGAUGGACCAACACAUUUUGGAACCCAUCUUCACUAUCGUAAGGACUAGAAACUUGCAGUGUCAUUUGUUUUAAAUGGAAGCAGAGAUGCUCAGGGAGCUGGAUUCCGUGGAUCCUAUUCUGUGCUUCCCUUUCACCUUUGCCAAAUGUGUACAAUUCUAUUUCCAACCGUUGUUUGUUGCAUAUGCUGCUUUACUAGUUCUCCCAUGUUAUGCAUUGUUCUAUACCACCAGCUGUGGGGCAGUACAGAAAUGAAAACUCUGUGUUUGCAAAACUGUGUUCACUACAACUAGUAAAACCGUUUGACUGGUGAGGAGAGAUUUUGCAACAGUCCCCACACCUUCAGAAAUCACUUCUCAGGAAAGGGGCCACUGCUAAUGUUUAAGAAAGCUCAGAAGCUUUUUUUUUUUCAUUCCAGGCUGUGGUUUUUGAAGCUGUGCUUUGGAGAAAAGCUUACCUGUUUCUGGUUUAAUGGUUCAAAAUUCGAUUUGUAUUUUGGGUUUGCGUUCA